AUGGAGGGCGGCGGUCUGGGCCGGGCCGUGUGCGUGCUGACAGGGGCUUCCCGGGGCUUCGGCCGCGCGCUGGCCCCGCGCCUGGCCCGACUGCUGUCGCCCGGCUCCGUGCUGCUCCUCAGCGCCCGCAGCGACGCGGCGCUGGCGCAGGUGGAGGCGGAGCUGGGCGCCGCGCAGGCCGGCCUGUGCGUGGUGCGGGUGCCCGCCGACCUGGGCUCGGAGGCGGGCGUGCAGCGGCUGCUCGGCGCCCUGCAUGGGCUCCCGCGGCCCGAGGGGCUGCAGCGCCUGCUGCUCGUCAACAACGCGGGCACUCUUGGGGAUGUUUCCAAAGGCUUCCUGAACCUGAAUGACCCAGCUGAAGUGAACAACUACUGGGCUGUGAAUUUGACCUCCAUGCUUUGCUUGACCUCGGGCACCCUGAAGGCCUUCCCUGCUAGCCCCGGCUUCAGCAGGACUGUGGUGAACAUUUCCUCGCUCUGUGCCUUGCAGCCCUUCAAGGGCUGGGCACUGUACUGUGCAGGGAAAGCUGCCCGGGACAUGAUGUUCCAGGUCCUGGCCGCCGAGGAACCCAGCGUGAGAGUGCUGAGCUAUGCACCAGGUCCCCUGGACACAGACAUGCAGCAGCUGGCCCGCGAGACCUCUGUGGACCCAGAGUUAAGGAGCAGACUGCAGCAGCUAAAGUCAAAGGGGGAGCUGGUGGAUUGUGGGGCUUCGGCCUUGAAACUGCUCAGCUUGUUGCAAGCGGACACAUUCCAGUCUGGAGCCCAUGUUGAUUUCUAUGAUGACUAAGCUCAGGUCCUUGGCAUCCUGGCCUUUCUUCCCACUUUUGGGCACACCCAGAAGGCCUGUGAUUGUCCAUGUUCCUCCCAACCCUAUCUAAUGCAGAUAAAUUCUCAGACACAGCUGGCUGGUGCUGUUGGUCCUCAGAAGGCUUCUGCAGAGGCCCAGUAGAGAAGGGAUGGGUAUUGGAGCUCUUGAUCCCCAGGAAUAGAAUUUUAGGGCUGGGAAGAGCAGGGAAAGAAGCUGAAAACUGAUGAGAGGAGGUUGAGUCUCUAGCCUGUGGUAGAGAGGCGGCUAGGAGGACCUGUGUUAACUGGCAGGUGGCCUGGCCUUGCUUAGGGCAGCAGGAUCUUCUGUUGCGCUGCCUUCCUUCUGCUGUCUUCUCCCUCCAUUAUUCUCCACCGCUCCCUUGGCUGUAGUACAAGUGCACAGUUAAGGCAGAUACAAAUAAAAUGUGGAUUGCUGUCA